AUGCCCUCCGACCUCCACUCCACCGCCCACCGCCAACCCCUCCUCGCCGGCGACAAGCAACAAGACUAUGCCUCUCCCCCACAACAACGUCCCACCUUAGGCACAAGACACUCGACUUCCCGCUUCCACGAAAGAGACCCAGAAAUACUCCCCGACAAAUCCAACACCCGCCAGCGCUACACUCUCGCCGGCUGCUUCCUCCUCCUCUCCCUCUUCUCCUUCGCCGUCCAAACCGAAACAGCAGUCUACAUCCAACACGACCUGAAUUGGACAAAACCUUACUGCAUGCUCUACUUCACCCACGGCUCCUGGUCCCUCCUCUGGGUCGUGCAAUUGCUCAUCCUCCGCCUGCAAAAACUCUCCCAACCCUGGCCCGCGUUCUGGCGCCGCCAUGUCUCCCUCCUCACCUCCACCGCCCAGAUGAUCGAACACCGCACCCUCGUCGUCCCCUCGCAUCUCGCCAAAGCCUCCCCCUGGCCAUACUUCCUCCGCACCACCGCCUUCGUCACCUGCGCCCUCACCGUCGCCGGAGGAAGCUGGUACGUCGCCGUCGACCUCACCACCGCCUCCGACCUAACCGCAAUCUACAACUGCUCCGCCUUCUUCGCCUACGCCUUCGCAGUCCCCAUCCUCCACGAAAAACUCCGCAUAUCAAAAGUCAUCGCCGUAGCAAUCGCCAUCAUCGGCGUCCUCGUCGUCGCAUACGGUGACACGGGUACAGCCAAACACGGCUCCAAAUCCGGCGGUGGAGCAGGUGGCCCUUCCGCCCCAGACGACAGCGAAGCUUCCAACCGCGCGGUGGGAAAUCUCGUCAUCGGCGUGGGAAGCGUGUUGUAUGGAUUCUACGAAGUAUUAUACAAACGCGUGGCCUGCCCACCCGAACACUGCGAUCCCAUCCGCGGUAUGCUCUUCGCCAACACAUUCGGCAGCAUGAUUGGAACCUUCACACUCCUCGUUCUCUGGAUCCCCUUGCCCAUUCUCCAUUUCACCGGUAUCGAAACUUUCGAACUCCCUCGCGGGGAAGCCGCUUGGAUGCUCGUCAUCUCCGUUCUCUCCAACGCCACUUUUUCGGGGUCCUUUUUGGUACUGAUCAGUCUGACGAGUCCGGUGCUGAGUUCCGUGGCGGCACUGCUUACCAUUUUCCUGGUUGCCUUGUGCGACCAAAUGCUUCCGCCGCCGCUGUAUUCGCCGCUCACAACGGCAGCUGUCGCGGGAGGUAUAUUAAUCAUCGGCGCAUUUGGUUUGCUAAGUUGGGCAACUUAUCGAGAGAUGGAAGAGGAGGCGAGGGAGAAGAAGUUGGCUGGGGAUGAGAGUGAUGGGGAGGAUGUUUGA